AUGGAGCCUCGGAAGUGUCCUGGAUCUGUAUUGAUUGGAGUUUACCUGUGGGCGACAUUCUGCUGUAAAGGUUGUCAUGGCGGUGUGUACCAACGGAAGCUGUACCGCGACCUGAUGGUAAACUACAAUCGUCUGGAAAGACCCGUCCAAAACGACUCUGCGCCCAUUGUUGUGGAACUCGGCCUCACACUGCUACAAAUCAUUGACGUGGAUGAAAAGAACCAGGUGCUGAUCACAAACGCCUGGCUGCAGCUGUAUUGGACAGACAUUUACCUUUCAUGGAAUCAAGAGAGCUACCCUGGGGUUCAGAAUCUGCGCUUCCCUUCUCAUCUGGUUUGGGUCCCAGAUAUCCUCCUCUACAACAGUGCUGACGAGAGGUUUGAUGCUACGUUCCAUACAAACGUGCUGGUAAAUGCUUCAGGAUCCUGCCAGUACAUCCCACCAGGCAUCCUGAAGAGUACCUGCUACAUUGAUGUACGGUGGUUCCCAUUCGAUGUGCAGAAGUGUGACCUGAAGUUUGGCUCCUGGACCCACAAUGGCUGGCUGCUAGACCUCCAGUUGAUGGAGGUGGACAUCUCCACCUACAUACCCAACGGGGAAUGGGAUCUUGUUGGUGUGCCGGCUAAACGUAAUGAGCUGUACUACGACUGCUGUAAGGAGCCAUACCCCGAUGUGACGUUCACAGUCACUAUGCGCCGCAGGACACUUUACUACGGCCUCAACCUGCUCAUCCCCUGUGUGCUCAUCUCAGGUCUGGCCCUGCUGGUCUUCCUGCUGCCCGCUGACUCUGGAGAGAAGAUCUCACUUGGCAUCACCGUGCUGCUGUCUCUAACCGUGUUCAUGUUAUUGGUAGCAGAGAUCAUGCCUGCCACUUCAGACUCCGUUCCUCUGAUUGCUCAGUACUUUGCCAGCACCAUGAUGAUCGUGGGCUUGUCUGUGGUGGUAACAGUCCUGGUACUGCAGUUCCACCACCAUGACCCCCAUGGAGGGAAAAUGCCUAAAUGGGUCCGAGUCAUCCUACUUAACUGGUGCGCUUGGUUCCUCCGCAUGAAGAAACCCGGAGAGGAAAAUAAAACCGCUCCGAGUUCCAGUUGCCCCACAGACCACAAGUACUCCCACCAUCCUGCGCACCAUACCAGCUCCGGCAGCAUUCAGAUGAGCACCAUACCAGGACAGGCGACCACGACCAACGGGAACAUGAACCUGUACUUCGGCUACCGCUCGAUGGGCGCAGACAACCCGGCUUUCCCACCGAGCACUGAUUCAGGUGUGGUGAUGUGCGGCGGUGGUCUUCUCAACGGCUCCUCCCCACACGACAACCACUCGGAACCGACGCGGACUUUGCUGCGGGAGCAGGUGCCGGAAAUUUCGAGGAUCCUGGAGGAAGUGCAGUACAUCGCCAGGCGCUUCCGAGAGCAUGACGAGGGAGAGGCGAUCUGCAGUGAGUGGAAGUUUGCGGCGGCAGUGGUGGAUCGGUUAUGCCUGGUGGCUUUCUCAGUCUUCUCCAUCAUCUGCACCUUCACCAUCCUCAUGUCAGCUCCCAAUUUCAUUGAGGCUGUGUCCAAAGACUUCACAUAA